UUGAGGUUACUCAUUAUUAUAUAACUGUCACAGUCACAACUUCCAUGUAGAACAAUAUAAUUCUUUAAAUUACAUUUCUGUUUCCUUAUUUUAUUUUAAUCAUUAUAUUUACUAAACAUUCGAUCGAGUUGUAAAUGUCAGAAAUUUUUACACAAUUUUUAAAAAAUCCAGCUUUGGUGUUGAUUAGUUUUAUCGUUUUAUAUGCGUCACAUUCCAAUAAAACCGAUGACUACAUAAAUUCUCUGAAUACUACUGGCUUGAAAAACUUGGUACGAUCGAGGCGCUCGUUGUCCAACGUACAUAUAUACACGUUCGCGGUAAAAAGAUACAUACUGUGUGUGUUACUAACGAUAGUCAAGCAAAAUGGCAUCUUACUCGGAGGAUCAGUUAGCAGUUAUCAAGAAUUAGCUAACAGAAUGAUGUCAUCAAUUGAGGAAUUUCAAGAGGCAUUUCAACUGUUUGACAGUCGAGGAGAUGGGAAAAUUCACGUAGCCCAAAUUGGUGAUGCACUGCGUGCUCUAGGACAAAAUCCAACUGAGUCAGAUGUUAAAAAAUUUACUCAUCAACACAAACCUGAUGAACGUAUUAGUUUUGAAGUGUUUCUACCAAUUUAUCAAGCUAUAAGCAAAGCUCGUACAUCUGAUACAGCCGAUGAUUUUAUAGAAGGAUUACGUCACUUUGAUAAAGAUGGAAAUGGUUUUAUUUCUUCUGCUGAACUGAGACACCUUUUAACCACACUAGGUGAGAAACUGAGUGAUGAAGAAGUUGAAACCCUAUUGGCUGGUCAUGAAGAUUCGCAAGGUAACAUUAAUUAUGAAGAUUUUGUUCGACAAGUGAUGUGUGGUUAAAUUCUCAUCUUACUAGAUACAAGUAACUAUCAAUCAGAGAAAUUUGUAUCUGCCAUAAAGUAUUUUUCAAGCAUUUAA